AGGCAGGCACCGCUUUGUAGUUCACAGUGGAUCUGUGCGCAAGCAAGCAAGGGUUGGCGGUGGUGUGUGAAAAAGUUUUGUAGCGAAAAUGUUGUCCUGAAAAGUCGUCCGUGAGCAGUUGAACUUUUUUAGCUAAUUUAGCAUCAGAUUUCUCGUUCUAAACUAGUGCACGAAUGUGAGCUAAAGUGUGGUGUUGCCCGAGAGCUAUAAGAACGCAACCGAGCGCUGCGAAUUCGGUGUGAAAUUAGCGAAAAUUUGCAAUCUCUAUCACAUAGAAGCCGCAUAUAUUACCGAGCGUUUGAUACUAGCAAGCAUCGCAAAGUUUAUGAUUUAACCAAUCAAUCAGACAAUCAACUAUCCUCAAAAGCGUAACAUCAUGGGAAAAGAGCUGCUGAACAAUAGUUCUUUCUGCCAACAGCUGGGCGCGACUCUCGUGCGCAAUUUCAAACUGAAAAUUAGAGACUCGAGGAAAACGAUUGCCGAAGUAUUUCUACCGUUGUACACACUUGGGACGCUGAUAGUGCUGAAGAUACUGAUUCCCAAUCCUAACUUUCACGCCAUAACGGAGCCACGUGGAGCGGCAUCGCUUUUCGAACAUUUUCAGCACGACAAAGCCCACACCAUCGCGGUUCUGCCGCAGCCAAACUCCUCUACAACUUUGCAAUUUCUAAGCGAAGCCAACGAGCUGUGGAUAUCGAAUCGGCACCACUCGGCCGGCCAUCAUCCGAUCAAAUGGAUCGUGUACGACACACAGGACGAACUGCUGGCCGCGUACUGGCGCGACCCGGACAAGAUGCCGCUUGCGCUGAUAUUCCACAGCGAGGAUCCCAUGUACGGGCAGCUGCGCUACGAGAUCCGCACGAAUCCGUCGUUUUUCGUGACGCCCGCGACAACCGAGCUGUACUCGUCGCUGGUCACCUGUCGCCAAUCGGACAGCUACUGGUCGGCGGUCAUACCGAUCGAAACCGGCGACUCCUGCCCAGUGAAUCAGUAUUACUAUUCCGGGUUUGUGGCGCUGCAGACCUUGCUGGAUUACACCAAAAUCAAGAUCGUAACGCAAAACGAUGACAUUCAGAUACCUCACAUUACGCUAGAGAUGUUUCCUAAGGAAGCCUAUACGGGUAAUUGGAUGGUUGCAUUUAGACUAGUGAUACCAAUCUAUAUGGUGAUGGCACUGUCCCAGUUUAUCACAUAUCUGCUAAUACUGAUUGUUGGCGAGAAGGAGAACCACAUCAAGGAGGGGUUGAAGAUUAUGGGCCUGCGGGAUUCCGUGUUCUGGUGUGGCUGGUUCAUUAUCUACGCGGUGUUCGUGACCUUCCUAACCUUCGUGUCUGUUAUACUGCUGUUUUCGCUUGGCGUUUUCCAGAACACAAACUAUCUACCGGUGUUCAUUUUGAUUUUACUCUACAGCUUCUCGGUCAUUUUGAUAGGCUUCAUGAUUACACCGUUUUUCGAUAACUCUAGGACGGCCGGCAUUUUGGGUAAUUUUGCGGUCAACAUCAUGUCGCUGCUAUACUUCUUGCAGGUGUUUAUUGACGAUACGCACACUUCAGCUGCCUUGUGGACCGUGUCUCUGAUAUCGCCGACCGGAUUCGCGCUGGCGAUGGACAAGAUCCUAGUGCUCGACAUAUCGGGGCAGGGUGUUACGUUGAACAAUCUGUGGACCGGGCCUGGGAUUCCGAUUGGAGGAUCCAUUCUGAUGCUGGUGGUUGACAUCCUGCUGUACGCUGCUUUGGCGUUCUAUUUUGACUGUGUGAUCCCGUCGGAUCAUGGAACGAAGCAGCGCCCCUGUUUCUGCUUCAGUCGCCACUAUUGGUGUAAGAAGAAAGUGCCAAAAGUAGCACUCUUGAACGGUGAGUCGGCGAACUCCUUUGGUAAUUUGGACGAGCAAACGAGGGAUAUCGAACCAGUCUCGCGUGAGAUGCGUGGCAAGGAAGCCAUUCGGAUAGUGGAUUUGUACAAGACAUUUCACUCGUGUCGGAAGCCAGCGGUGAACGCAGUUAAUGGUAUCAACUUGACGAUAUAUGAGGGGCAAAUAACGGCGAUUUUAGGUCAUAACGGAGCCGGAAAGAGUACACUGUUCAAUAUACUAACUGGUCUGACUUCCCCGACGUCGGGAACGGUGUACAUCUUUGGGUACGACAUACGUGACCCGAACGACAUGACGAUGAUUCGCCGGAUGACCGGAGUCUGUCCGCAGCAUGACAUCUUGUUUGAAACGUUGACACCGAAGGAACAUCUAUACUUUUUUGCGGCAGUUCGUGGGAUAGCGCCUAACCAGGUGGAUAGCGAGGUGAAGAAAACAUUGCGGGACAUCGAUCUGUUCGAUUCGGCAGAGACGCGGGUUAAAUAUUUAAGUGGAGGCCAGAAGCGAAAGCUUUCCGUUGGUAUUGCGAUCAUCGGUGACCCGAAGAUCAUUAUCUUAGACGAACCAACGGCAGGGGUGGAUCCUUAUUCGCGGCGGCACAUGUGGUCUAUCUUGCAAAACCGUAAGCAUGGAAAAGUGAUCCUGCUGACGACGCACUUCAUGGACGAAGCGGAUAUUCUAGCUGAGCGCAAAGCCGUUGUUUCCAGGGGCCGUUUGCGUUGCUGUGGCUCUUCAUUAUUUCUGAAGAACAAAUUCGGUGUGGGAUAUCAUUUGACGUUGGUUCUGGACACGUGCGCCUGUGAGACGUCUAUUACGAAGCUGGUUAAUGAGCAUGUGCCAAAAGCCGAAAAAGCUAGACGACACGGACGUGAACUUAGCUACAUUCUACCGCAUGACGCUGUCAAUUCAUUCGUUUCCUUGUUCGAUGAUAUUGAGAAGGAAAUUAGAACCAAGAAACUGAAGUUGGGAAUCUGUUCGUACGGGGUUUCUAUGACCACACUGGAGGAAGUAUUUCUACAUUUGGAAACACAGCGGGAGGAAGAGCAGAAGGUGGAAACCGAAGAGGAAGACGAUCAGGAGGCGGCUUAUGGAGAUAGCAUUAGCCGAAAGGUGAUGAAGAAUCGAGCGCUGCCAAGAAGUCUGUCGCUGCAGGAGCGAAGCAAUAGCUACCAAUCUUUAAAGAACGACACUAAAAAUCUGCUGGAAAAGCAGAACACGGAGAACAAAACUUCACUACCGGAUAACGGACUGGACUUCGAUACAAUCAUACCGGUGAAUGGACUGACGAACGACGUCGAGGUUGUUAAAAGUGAAAAAGGUUCGGCGGCUCCGUCACCUAUUCUGAAAAUUCACCGCAAAAGACAGCACGGCAGAUCCCGGAACGGGGUCAGCAAGAGCACGAAAAGUAUUUACGAGGAUCCAACCCAUACCUCGUCCUCGGUUGUGAAACUGAACAGUCAGAACAAAACUAACUGGAUGGAUUUGGAUGACAUCGAGCUGAGACCGUCUUGUUUUGAUACUAUCGUAGCACUACUUAAGCUUAGAAUUACAAUACUCUUUCGCGACAUUCAGCGUCUGUAUCUGCUAAUAAUCCUACCGCUGGCGUUCACUGCGCUUGGUUUGUACUUGAACUCUAUCCAGGUGAUAUCACCGGUGAUGCGUUCCAUCCUGCUGGACAACAGCACGUACGGCAGCAACAUUACCAAAAUCGCAGUCCAUGAUAACACGAAUAGACUGCUGUCACAGCACACCCUCUACCACCACCACCAGCUGCAGCAGCCCUCGCCGUCGCCACUUCUGCUGCACCAGAAACACCACCAACAUCAGCACAACGCCCAGCAGCAGUCCAAAGAAUCAUCAUAUCUCUAUCAUCGUUUCAUUGAGGAACUGAAGCAAUCAUCGAACGUCACCGAAGACUACAGCGGUAACUUUUCGUUGCUGCUAGAGAUGGCCCCGCACAUGGCGGCCUUCAACGUAAACACUAUAUCAUGGUCAAAUGUGUCAAUAACUACUUUGUACAAUGAUACCACUCAACAUAGUCUCCCAAUAAUCUUAAAUCUAAUAAGUAACACUUUGCUGCGGAUGUUCGUCAAAGUGGGAAUACCAGCCUCGUCCCAAGCGGUCUACCGUCACCAGCGCAUUGUCACUAGGCAACAGUACGGAACCGUCGACUACGGCGAGGAGAUGCCACUAGGAGAUGAACCACUGGACACCUCAUCGUCAUCAUCAUCGUCUUCAAUGACGCCAUCGAUGGUUGGCUCCACUGGCGCCGGAGGAGGGCCGGAAUCAGUACUCAACAUCGAACUACACUCGCAUCCCUUCCAGCAGACUGCGCAGCCCCAAGAGUUCAAUAUUGGCACAUUUUCGUCGGCUCUGUUUGUGGGUAUGAUAUUCGUGCUGAUUCCGGUGUCGCUAGCCGUCGAUAUGGUGUACGAUCGUGAGAUGAAGGCGAAAAACCAGCUGCGUGUCAAUGGGCUGUCCUCGGCAAUCUAUUUGUCGGCUUACUUUAUCGUGCUAUCCGGACUGAUGCUGCUGAUUUCCGCCGCCCUGUUGGGACUGGUGUUUCUGUUUGAUGUUCCCUCCUUUAGACAGCCUCCUGCACUUAUCACACUAGGUUUGCUAGUGUUCCUGUAUUCCCCUGCGGGGAUUUUGUGUUCUACGUGCUUUUCAUACUUUUUCGAUCGCACGGACUCGGCCCAGUCCAUCCUGCCUAAUAUUCUAACCUUUGUCGGACUGAUCCCCUUUAUUUUAGUAGUAUUUUUAGAUAUGCUAGGAAUUGAGGUUAAAGCUGCUAUCGCCUUGCACUACGUAUUUUCGCUUAUCAAUCCGAUGUACAUUCCGUACGCGGCGGUCUAUUUCGUGGAUCGUGUCUACAUCGCCUGCCGGCUGAGCUCCGCCUGUGCCGAGCUCUCGAUGGCCCACUACAUGACGGAGGAGAUGAUCGUGAUGGCCUGCGGGUGUCUCCUUCAUAUUCCCAUCUGGGCAUUCUGUUUGCGGGUGUCGGACCUCGUCAAAAGUGGAGGUCGCGUGAGGGAUAUGUUUCAUCGAACUACAAACGAGGAAGACAUUGUAUCCGAGGAGCAGUGUAUCGGAGAGUACGAGGACGAGGAUGUUCGCAAUGAGCGGGCGAAAAUCUUUCGACUGUCUAAUCAGGAUCAGAGCGAUCAGCUGCAGCCUGUAGUUCUGGUCAAGAACCUGCGAAAAGAAUUCUCGCAGGAGUCACUGUGCGGGAACUCAUCCUGCUGCUGCUGUGUCGACGAUGAACCACCAAGGAAGAAAGUUUCCGUACGCAGUUUGUCCUUUGCCGUGGAUGCUGGCGAAGUGCUGGGACUACUAGGCCAUAACGGAGCUGGAAAAACAACCACCAUGAGAAUAAUGACCGGAGAAACCAUUCCCACCAGAGGAACGGUUCGGGUUGCCGGUCACAGUAUUACCAUCAAUCAGGAUGAUGCGUUCAAAACCCUAGGUUAUUGCCCGCAGCACGAUGCCCUGUGGAAGAACAUCACGGUUCGCGAACACCUCGAACUGUACGCUCGCAUUAGGGGCGUCACUAGAAAAGAUUUGAACCAUUUAGUGACCACGUACCUCACCGGAUUGCACAUAAAUGAGCAUGCCAAUAAGCAAACUCAGCACUGCUCCGGUGGAACACGCCGGAAACUUAGCUACGCUAUGGCAAUGGUCGGUGCUCCCAAGGUAGUCUUGCUGGAUGAACCUUCCACGGGAAUGGAUCCCAAAUCGAAACGAUUCCUGUGGGACACAAUAUUGGCCAGCUUCCACGGAACACGUUGCGCUAUGCUGACCACUCAUUCCAUGGAGGAAGCGGAUGCACUUUGCUCGCGUGUUGGUAUCAUGGUGAAAGGUGAACUGAGGUGCCUUGGUUCAACACAGCACUUGAAGAAUCUGUACGGAGCGGGUUACACGCUCGAAAUCAAGCUGAAGCACGUCGAAAGCGUGUACAGCGAGACACCCAUCGAAAGUCAGCCCAGCAGCAGCCAGGAGCAACUGCAGCUCGACCAGAGCGUGGACCACAUCGCCGCGACACCGGUCAUCAGUAACUGCAUCGACAACCGGUCGAUGGCGUUGCGUAACUUUGUCACAGACCUCUUCCCGAGUGCCACGUUGGAGGAAAGUUUCGCCGAUCGGCUGGUUUACUCCGUACCGCAGCAGGUCGUCAGUUCAUUGGCGGAGUGCUUCUCGCGGCUCGAGAGAGCCAAAACGGAGCUGGACAUCGAGGAAUACUCCUUCAGCCAGACGACACUCGAGCAAGUGUUUCUGAAAUUUGCCCACUACGAUGAAGAGACGUCCAGUGUGCAGUAGAAUGCGCCGCAGGCUACGGGCACUGUCACGCUGGACGUUAGUGUCUGCCACUAGGAAUGAAAUGAGCGUUAUUUGUGUAUAAAAAAAACCCUAAGCUAGUAUCUAAUGGUAAGUAAGUUAAACUAAACCAAAAAGAGUAAUUAUUUAAUAUUGAUGCCCCUAAAAGUAUCUCAAAAAGACAGAAUAAAAAGCGACCCAAACCGGAUAAGUUACAUAAUCUUAACGAAUUAAAAUGAAUUACAAUAAAAAAAAGUGAAAUUACAAUAAAACAUAAAUUGAACAGUGCGAACAAGUGAAGUGACAAAAGACCCACACAAAAAAUGUACUCAUAAUACGAAAUUUAGAUGAUAGUUAAAUUGCUUGGUGGGGGCAAGUGAUCCAAAUUAAAAUGACAGCAAAAAGUGUGAAAUUUGAUUUACAUCUGUGAUUUAUUACGUUCAGUAAACCCAAAAAAAAUUAGAGGAAAAACAGAUAAAUAGACAAAAACAAAAGAUUGAUACACCCCGACCGUGGAUGGAGGGCGCUAGGAAUGGUUCAAUAAAAUUGCAAGAUAAACGCUU